AUGGCUCCCAUCUCAAGCUACGCAUACACGCCCAUCCCCGUCAACUUGGACCAUGGAAAGUCUGAGCCAUAUCAUUUACAGGAAGGGUUGAACGAGAAUAGCACUUCAGAUCUUGAACUAAGAGACCGACGACGGCAACUUUUCCUGGUCGUUUUGACCUCGCUGUCUUUACUAUGUCUCAUGAUCUUGAGCAUGGCUCUGGGGCACCUUACUGUCACCAACUCCGACUGCGGCAGACAGCUUUCCACUUGGUCACCGGCAUUCGAAGCUGUCGAGUAUUACCAAACGACAUUUGAGGGAGAAUUUCUGGCUCCGUCAGUCUGGCGAGGCCCGCCCUUUCCAGAAUUGGAUGAAGCAUGGAACCGCAUCUCCAUACGAGGCACGGGGAGCUUGAGAAUCGCAAAAUACGAUCUUUCACGGCUCAACAAAUCAGCCGACGCGGAAAUUACUGCCGGCUUCGGAGACGGUACGAAUGAUGUACAAGUUUUGCUGGAGGUCUUCCAUCAGCUCCACUGUCUGGUGUGUCUGUCGUCAGAUUUUCCCCCUUCAAGCUCAAUGCUUACAAGAGUCAUGUUACAGAAUGAAAUCCGCAAGCACACCUGGCCUGAAUACUACAAGUUUGACGCGCCGCCCAAGGUAGAGCGAGCGCACCUCGGUAUGCCCAUCACCAUCUUCAAGUCAAGCCUUGAUGCACCUAAGCUAACAGCUAUGUGUUGA